UUAAUGAGCAAGUAAACUACGCUACUCAUCAACAUGGGACAGAGAUCUACAUCAUCCACCAAGAGUGGAAAAUUUAUGAACCCCACAGACCAAGCCCGGAAAGAAGCCCGGAAGAGAGAAUUAAAGAAGAACAAGAAACAACGCAUGAUGGUACGAGCUGCAGUUUUAAAGAUGAAAGAUCCCAAACAAAUUAUCCGGGACAUGAAGAAAUUGGAUGAAAUGGAAUUUAACCCAGUACAACAGCCACAGUUAAAUGAGAAGGUGCUGAAAGAUAAGCGUAAAAAACUGCGUGAAACCUUUGAACGUAUUCUACGACUCUAUGAAAAAGAAAAUCCAGAUAUAUACAAAGAAUUACGAAAGCUGGAAGUAGAAUGUGAACAGAAAAGGGCUCAACUUAGCCAGUAUUUUGAUGCUGUCAAGAAUGCUCAGCAUGUGGAAGUAGAGAGUAUUCCUUUGCCAGACAUGCCGCAUGCUCCUUCCAACAUCCUGAUUCAGGACAUCCCCCUUCCUGGUGCCCAGCCACCCUCUAUCCUUAAGAAGACUUCAGCCUAUGGACUUCCAUCUCGGGCAGUUUCGAUACUUCCUCUUCUUGGACUUGGUGUUCCACGGUUGCCUCCUGGCAGAAAGCCUCCUGGUCCUCCUCCUGGGCCACCACCUCCUCAAGUUUUACAGAUGUAUGGCCGUAAAGUUGGUUUUGCCCUAGCUCUUCCUCCUCGGAGACGAGAUGAGGACAUGCUGUAUAGUCCUGAGCUUGCUCGGCGGGGCCAUGAUGAUGUGUCCAGUACCAGUGAGGAUGACGGCUAUCCUGAGGACAUGGAUCAAGAUAAGCAUGAUAAUAGUGACACUGACCGAUCAGAUGGAGAAAGUGAAGGGGAUGACUUUGGGCACCGGGAGGAUGAGAGAGACCAUGAAGGAAAAAAGUCAGGUUUGAGUGUACGGUUUGCAGAUAUGCCUGGAAAUUCAAGGAAGAAAAAGAAAGACAUGAAGGAGCUGACUCCUCUUCAAGCCAUGAUGCUUCGAAUGGCAGGUCAGGAAAUCCCUGAGGGACGAGAAGUAGAGGAAUUUUCAGAGGAGGAGGAUUCUGACGAUUCUGAAGCAGAAAAGCCAUCACAGAAACAGCAUAAGGAAGAGUCUCUUUCUGACGGCUCAUCUGGUGCUGCACAGCAGCAAGCUCCCCCACAACCAGUUCCUUCUCAGAUACAAGCACCUCCCAUGCCUGGACUACCUCCUCUGGGACCACCUCCUGCCCCACCCUUAAGACCACCUGGGCCACCUCCAGGAGCUCCUCCAUUUUUGAGACCACCCGGGAUGCCAGAACUCCGAGGGCCUUUACCGCGACUUUUACCUCCAGAACCACCGGGCUCUCCUCCAGGUCCACCUCCAGUUCUGCCUCUCUGUCCUCCUCCAAGGGGACCUCCACCAAGGCUACCUCCCCCUGCAUCUCCAGGUAUCCCUCCCCCUCGUCCUGGCAAGAUGUGCCCACCUUUGGGGCCUCCUCUCGGACCUGCCCCGCCUGGGCUUUUUCCACCGACUCCCUUGCCGAACCCGGGGGUUUUAAGCGCUCCUCCCAAGUUGAUUCAGCUGCCCAAGGCAAAUGACAGGAGCGCAGCCACCAUUGAGAAGAAAGCUACAGCAACCAUCAGUGCCAAGCCACAGAUCACUAAUCCCAAAGCAGAGAUCACUCGUUUUGUGCCCACAGCACUGAGGGUACGUCGGGAGAAUAAAGGGGCUAUUGCUGCUCCCCAAAGAAAGUCAGAGGAUGAUUCCACUGUGCCUCUUGCCAAAGCAACCCCUCAAUCUGGUCCUUCUGUUCCCGUUUCAGUACAAACUAAGGAGGAUGUUUAUGAAGCUUUCAUGAAAGAGAUGGAAGGGCUACUGUGACAACUGCUGAUGCCAGAGUAGGCAUGGUUCACAUCAGUGGUUCAUAGAGGCUCUUAGUAAACAUAGGCAAAGAGCUACUUUCACUGUCAGGGUAUUUUCUCAUCUCA